AUGAACAACCUUCUCAACUUCCUCUUCUCCGUUUUGCUCUUGUCUACUGUAGCAGCUGUUCCAGUCUCAAAAUCUCCAUUCUCAUCUGGAAAUGAACAGUUAAUCGGCCACUUUCCGUCGUCUUCAAAACCUGAAGAAUUAUUCCAUAUUUCGGAUGCUCCACAGGAACUCGUUCAUAAACUCCCAACAUUUGCACCGGGAGCAUUCACUCACAAAUGGACUCUCCCGCCACUCGGCAAGAAAACAUUUGCACCAUUAGAUCUGGCUGUGACCAAGAAACCUCAUACCCAUAAAACCAAAGGACCGAACAAGGAAGAGUUAUCCCACCACGUCACUUUCCCACAUGGGGCCUUCACCCAGAAGAUCACCGUUUCCCCGAUCGGAAAACGUACAUUUGCACCAGUUGAGUUGGUUGGAGUGGAUGAGAAAUCUCUUAUUUCAUGGGCACCUGCCGAUUUUGCCAAGGUAUCCAAAAAACCACAUAUUACCCCACCAACUCAUUAA